AAUGUGGCAGAUAUUAAAAAGCUGAAGUCAGUUGGGAUCUGCACAAUCAAAGGAAUCCAGAUGACCACAAGACGGGCGCUGUGCAAUGUAAAAGGGCUUUCAGAGGCCAAAGUGGACAAGAUUAAAGAAGCUGCAAACAAGCUUAUAGAACCAGGCUUCCUGACUGCCUUUGAGUACAGUGCAAAACGGAAGAUGGUAUUUCAUAUUACUACUGGCAGCCAAGAAUUUGAUAAACUUCUGGGUGGUGGGAUUGAAAGCAUGGCAAUCACCGAGGCUUUUGGAGAGUUCCGGACAGGCAAAACCCAGCUAUCUCACACCCUUUGUGUGACAGCUCAGCUUCCAGGAACAAAUGGCUACACAGGUGGAAAGAUUAUCUUCAUUGAUACUGAAAACACUUUCCGACCAGACCGUCUCCGUGACAUUGCUGAUCGCUUCAAUGUUGACCACGAUGCCGUACUUGACAACGUGCUCUAUGCGCGCGCAUAUACCAGUGAGCAUCAGAUGGAAUUGCUUGACUAUGUAGCAGCCAAGUUCCAUGAGGAAGCUGGUAUCUUCAAGCUAUUGAUCAUUGACUCCAUAAUGGCACUUUUCCGUGUGGAUUUCAGCGGUCGUGGAGAGUUGGCUGAACGACAACAGAAACUGGCUCAGAUGCUGUCAAGGCUCCAAAAAAUAUCAGAAGAAUAUAAUGUGGCCGUGUUUGUGACCAACCAGAUGACUGCUGAUCCAGGAGCAACUAUGACCUUUCAGGCGGACCCAAAAAAGCCCAUUGGGGGCCACAUCCUUGCUCAUGCUUCGACUACCAGGAUUAGUUUGAGGAAAGGGAGAGGAGAGCUGCGUAUUGCAAAGAUAUACGACAGCCCUGAGAUGCCUGAAAACGAAGCCACAUUUGCAAUAACUCCUGGAGGGAUUGGGGAUGCCAAAGAAUAG